AACCGCCACCGUUUAAUUAGAUUUUCAGAACUUAGAAAAAAAAAAGGAAAACUUGGGCUACACGGAGUCUAAGUAGUAGAGUAUCCUCUAUAUAAGCAAGUCAAGUGGUCUUCAACGAAACAUUCUGCCAACAAAAUAAAACACAGAGAGAUCGAUUGAGAGAAAUCAAAAACACACAGAAAGAAUGAGUCAAGAACGUCUCACAGAAACUAGGGUUAGGGCUAGUUCCGUCGACAACACAGAAGAGGUUCUUGAUGAUCUUGCGGAACCUAGGGCUAGUCCUAUCGACGACAAAGUAGGGAAGAAGAAGAGACAGAGGAAUCAAAAAGACGAGUCUCGUCCUAACAAGAAGAAGAAGAAGCAAGACUCGGUUCGUGAUAACGAUCUUGAUAUUCAGACAGAGAUCGUGGAGAUGUGGGAUUCACUCACGAACACCAACACUCCAAACCCUAACCCUACUAAGGCUGUCAUCGAUCGCGCCAAGAGGAAGGAAGACAACGACGAGAUCGCCAAACUCUUCCAAGUGAGAAAACGCAAGUCCGUGUGGCAGAAAACGAAAGCCGAGAUCGCGUUGCAAGUAGAACAAGUCAUGGCCAAUCUCGAACUCGCGGUAGAAGACGACGUGGAGCUCAACAAGCAAGGCAAGCCCGCGACCAACAAGCUCACCAAGCUCCCUAUCCUCGUCGGAGCUCUCUCCAAGAAACACCUCCAAGCCGUGUUCUUGGACCACGGGGUGCUCAGCCUCCUCAAGAACUGGCUCGAGCCUCUCCCGGACGGUAGCUUGCCGAACACGAACAUCCGCACCUCCGUCUUGCAGAUUCUCUACGAUCUAAGCAUCAUUAUAGACAAAGGAGAGGGGUGCAGAAGAGAGCAGCUGAUCAAGAGCGGUCUCGCCAAGGUGGUGAUGUUCUUGUCGAGGACGGACGAGGAGACUAGGGGUAACAGGAGGCUCGCUAACGACUUGGUCAACAGAUGGGGGCAUAUGAUUUACGAGAGGAGCACGAGGUACGAGGACAUGUUGAGCCAAGAGGAGAGGGAAGAGCAAGAGGAGGUGCUUUCCAGAAGAGAGAAGAAGAAGAAAGUUCCCGAAGCUAGAGUUGGAGAGUUUGAUGAGGAUGUUGACUUCUCUGUGGAAGAGAAACCAAAGGUGCCAGGUGGUAGAGUGGUGACGGUGGUGCCUACGGCGAUGGCGAUGGAGUUUGUGCUACGUCCUAGACCGAAAGUUGACGAGAGGCUCAAGGCUCGUGCGAAGAUGCACCUUGGUGGCGGAAGGUAUGAAAAUUUGAUGAAGAGAGUGAAGGAGAGGAAGGCGGUUAGGGAACAAUCUAUGCAUGCCUUGAAGCUUAGUGUUGACGGUCACUCCAAGCCUAAGUACUAGAAGACAUUGUUUCUAUGUUGUGUCUAGUGAUUAAGAUAAAGAGAUUAAAACUCACUCUGUAGAACUCCUAAAGUGUUAUUAGACAAUGAAUAUAUAAAAGACUUUAUUUCUUUUCUUCCAUUGCAGACAAUAACAAGAUUUGAUAUUUUCAAAGGUUUUUCUGUCAUCUUGAAGGCUCUAAUGGACAAAUCAAACCGCCUCCUAACACUUGCACAUAGGCUGAAAGACAAACCAGCUGCUUCUUUGAACAUACAUACAAAAUAUCAUAUGGAUAUGGUCUAUGUUAUUCAUUUGCAGAACCAUACAUAACUGGGAACAUGUACCAACGUUGACGGACUUCUUCC